AUGAAGGCGCACGCAUCAUGUCAGGGAAACGGGGCGGAUCUUCGUGACGAACUGGAUGCAAGCGUUGAGUGUGGAUCCGGUUAUAUUUGCAUCUACGGGCCACCGAGCAGUGGGAAGACAACGUUGCUCUUGAACUACCUCACCGCACGUGAGAAGCAUGUCCGCAACAUGAAGAGAUCCUUCCACUUAGAGUAUGUGAGUGGCAAGGCUCUGGAAGGCGAUCCGCUGCAACGACUGACCUGGCGACUUCAGCCGCACACAAAGCGCAGGCGGACAGAGUGUUCUCUUCAACAGUUUGGCUGCUUGGUGCGGCAGUGGCUGGAGAGUGCGGAGGAGGGGAGUGAACUACACUUUGUUAUGGACGAUGCUGACAUGUUGGAAGAAGACACAAUUCAAAUCAAUCACUGGCUUUCGGAGUGCCUCACGGUAACCCAAGAGGAGCGUAACCGAAAUAUUGUCUGCCUUUGGAUCGUUUCGCAGAUGCCGCUUCAUCUUUCCAACUGUUUUCGAUUUCAUUUCUUGUCGAAACCUGAUGCAACCGCUCUUCAGACGUGGUUGAAUUCCCUCUUUGCGGCAAAUCAUGGGUUUUUUGGGGGCGAUCUCGAUGUCAGCACCCAACACUUCACGUUGGGACAGGCACACACGGCGGUGGUGGACGCAGUUGCGUACUACAAGACACACCUUCCAAUGCGCGCGAGCAUUGUGGCGCAGGAUCUGCGUCAGCUGCUGCAACGCGUCCAUCAAAUUUUGCCGUUACUUUUGCCACACUACACAAGUGGGCGUCCCAAUGCGAUGCAUCACUCGGCUGCAUGGGGGAAGCGACGGGAGUUUAGUGCAUUAGGGCACAGCAGUGAUCCACUAGUGGCGGCAUUGAAGCGAAUCGGCUAUUCUGCAAUGCUGUGGGCUGUGAGCGCCUUUUACUGUGGUGCUGUUCCUAUGUCAAAACAGGCCUACGUGUUUGAUGAUCAGGAGUUGCAGCGUCGUAGGAACUCGACCGGGACAAAUAGCACGUCACACAGGGCAGCUGUUUUGUCUUCCUCAGCCCAUGUCGUUCAUGUGCCACGUCUCAUGUUGGUGUAUCGGGCUUUACUUAAGAUUUGUGUUCAUCAUAUAGAUCCACUAGAACUUGCUCCGGCUGAGACGGCAGUGCAGCACCAUCAUACGUUGGUCUCGUGGGGCUUGUUGGUCUCGUCCUCACAGAAUUCCAAGGUUUAUCACUGUCAUAUUCCCGUCACUUCUGCAAUCGGUCUCUCUCAGCUGCUUUCGUUGAACCUUUAUGAUCUUAUUCCAAGAUGA